AGAGCGGAAAUUGCUUCGGCCUUUCUGGGUUUCAUCUGCGAUUUUCCGCGAAAAAGGAAUAAAGAUGGACAAAAAUUAAUUGAACUCCCCCCUAAUGGAGAAGGAUUCGGGUCGAUACUGUUACGAGCCGUACCCGGCCGUGGCAAAGGGCGGGCCGGCUGCGACCUCCAAGAAGGAGUCAUCCAAGGAGGAAACGGCAGCAACUCCAACGACCUGCUGCAAAUGCUUCCAGAAGAAGAGCAAGAGUAAGGCCUUCCUCACAGGAUUGGCAACGAAUUUGGGUAUUUGCGUUCUGCUCUUCGGAUACACGCUGAUCGGAUCGGUGAUUUUCCUGGCCAUCGAGGGUGGACCUUCGUUGCACCAUCACCAGCAUCAGAUUCUCGCCACCACUUCUUUGGCUACCAACAGGAAACGUCCUUUCAACUCGACGGAAUUUCGCGCCAGGACGGACGAGUUCAGGGCUAAAACCGUUGAGAAUAUUUGGGACAUCACCGUCAGCUUGAAUAUUCUGUACAGGGAUAAUUGGACGAGGCUGGCGGCGCAGGAGAUCACCAGGUUCCAGGACGAGAUCCUGCGGUCUAUCACUGAGGACGGGGCGCAGGAUUACGCCAGCUCGGAGGAGAGGACGGCGGCCAGCGGACACGACCACUUCGAAUGGACGUUUGCCAAGAGCUUUUUGUACUCGCUCACAGUACUCACCACCAUUGGUAAGUUAUAUCGAUCACUGCAAAGUUAUGCAAUAACACACAUUCCCGACCGUGGGCGCGGCUGCUGCGAAGGGUCAACGGCUUUUAUGCAAUCAUACAGAACACACAGAAAAAAACUUUAGUUCUAACUUAAAAAAUAU